AUGGCAGAGUAUGUUGGCAGCGAGGCUAACGGCAGUGAUCAAGACCAGGAUAGCAACCCGCGCAUUGUCGCUAUACCCCCGACUGGACUGGCAGAAAUGCUAACUGGGAUGCCCGGCGCGCAUGGUGGACACGGGCUUCGCUUUAGCAUCAUCGACGAAGCCGUUGCGCCGCUUGGACUGCGUGACGCGUCCAGUGCGGCGGCGCGCAGCGAGGAAAGUGUGACGGAGCCGAAACAAACAGAGGCCUCUGUAGAGGAGCGCAGUGCGAAUGAAGAGCAGCUUGCACGUGUGUACGAGUCGUUCGAUUUCCGGCACCUGUGGCAGCGGCUAAGCGAGUCGCUUUCGUGUCUGCAAAGCGAUCCAAACUCGGCGCAGGUUCUUCUUCCACUCAUAGAGAGCCUUAUGGUGGUGUCGCAGUAUUCAAUGAAAGCCCAAGCUAAUGCCGAGCUGCGCUGCGCAGACGAUCCCGCCAUGGGCCAAGCGCUGCAUUCGCGCCGUGCGGAAAUGGAACGCGAAUUUUUCAACUUUACCGAGAAGCACCGCAAAGUCUUGAAUUUAAUGGUGCGGCAGAACCCGUCGUUAAUGUCGGGCUCCUUUUCUCUGCUGGUCAAGAAUCCCCGCGUGCUCGACUUCGACAACAAGCGGAACUACUUUUCGCAGCAGCUGCACAAAGGGCGGCGCGAACAUUAUACCCCUCUUUCGCUCACUGUGCGCCGCCAGCAUGUAUUUUAUGACAGCUUCCAGUUUUUUAACCGCAAAUCCGGCUCUGAAAUCAAGCACGGAAAGCUCAAUGUGCGUUUUCAUGGCGAGGAAGGUGUCGACGCCGGGGGCGUCACCCGCGAAUGGUUCCAAGUGCUCUCGCGCGAGAUGUUUGACCCGAACUAUGCGCUCUUCCAGCCCUGUGCGGCGGACCGCACGACCUACCAGCCCAAUAGCAAGAGCGCCGUGAACGAGCUGCAUCUUUCCUUUUUCACGUUUAUUGGGCGCGUGAUUGGGAAAGCUAUUUACGACAGCCGUUUGCUGGACGCCUACUUUACACGCAGCUUUUACAAGCACAUCCUUGGUCGUCCUGUAGACUACAAAGACCUCGAGGCCAUUGACCCAGAGUACUACAACAGUGUCGAGUGGAUGUUGGCCAAUGAUAUCACCGACGUACUCGAACUUUCCUUCACCGUCGACGACGAGGAGUUUGGCGAGACCAAAGUCAUCGAGCUGAAGCCCAAUGGUGCCAACAUCCCGGUUACCGAGGAGAACAAGCAAGAGUACGUGCGUUUGGUCACAGAGCAGCGCCUCUCCAAGUCGAUCCAGUCCCAAAUCGACGCAUUUCUGCAAGGAUUCAAGGAGAUUAUUCCCACGGAGCUUAUACAAAUCUUUUCCGAGCAGGAGCUCGAGCUGCUCAUUUCUGGCCUGCCGGACAUCGAUGUGGAUGCGUGGAAGAACAACACAGAGCUCCAAGGCUACUCGAGCAGCGACCCCAUGGUCCAAUGGUGGUGGCGCGCCGUGCGCUCCUUUGACCAGACGCAGCGCGCGAAGCUAUUGCAAUUUAUCACGGGCACCAGCAAGGUCCCUUUGGAGGGCUUUUCGCAGCUGCAGGGCGUGCAAGGCACACAGCGCUUCAAUAUCCACAAGGCCUACGGCGAGAAUCGUUUGCCUGCAGCGCACACCUGUUUCAACCAGCUCGAUCUUCCGCAGUACGACUCCUACGACAAGCUGCGCCUCCAGCUGCUCACGGCGAUGAACGAGGGUGGAGAAGGCUUUGGAUUUGCAUAG